GCUUAACAUUAGUAAGUUGCUGCUAAUUACACUCUACUGUUUUUUUUAUUUAUAAAGCAAUUUAAAUUUUGUUUUAUUUUGAUAUCAUUUCUCCAGUUUUUGACAUAUCUUCGCGUUACACCCAUCGCUUACUAUUAACUAUUAUCAUAUACAUAUACCUAUAGAGAUAUGAUUGCUAGGACAUCAACUGUUACAUUGAGGAGAUUUAUCUCUAGCCAAACCAAGAAGAACAAGAGAUUCAUACAAACUAUACCACUUGGAGCUACUUCAUUAGCAAACAAUGCAUCAUUCUUGAAUCCAGUGGGUCACCGUGAAAGCUCAAAGCUUCAAAUCCAAAAACAACCACAACAACAACAACAACAACCACAACAAGCAAACCAAGCAUCUACUCCACAACACACCCCAGUCGUUAGACGAUCCAGAACUUCCAGAUUCACAAACAACACUUUGAAGGAAAUAACCACAUCGCAUCCUAAAGUAGUUGCCCCACAAACCCCACCCCAUGUCAUUGAAAUAACAACCGAUCCGGAAGUCAAGGCUGCCAUUGAAUCAACCAAGUCCACCGCUCCACCAGCUCAAGCUUCUACUACUACUACUACAUCUAGUGCUACCACUCCGGCAGUGACACAAGCAGCCCCAAAGAAGAAGAGAGUUUUACGUCCACGUAAGGCAUUAAUUACGUUGACACCCAAUGCCGUGAGCCAUCUCCAGAGGUUAUUGGAUCAACCAACCCCAAAGAUGAUUAGAAUUGGUGUUAGAAAUAGAGGAUGUUCAGGAUUGACAUAUAACUUGGAAUACGUUGAAGAAGCAGGCAAGUUUGAUGAAUUAAUUGAACAAGAUGGUGUCAAGGUGUUGAUUGAUUCCAAGGCAUUAUUCAGUAUUGUAGGAUCGGAAAUGGAUUGGUUGGAUGAUAAAUUGAGUUCUAGAUUUAUUUUCAAGAAUCCAAACUCCAAGGGAACUUGUGGUUGUGGAGAAUCAUUCAUGGUUUAACUUGAUAGAUAUUUACUUUAUAAAUUUUUAUAAAUUUUUAUAAAUUGAUAAAUUUUAAUGAUAUAGGUUAUAAAUAUAUACAAAAAGGUAACUAUUUUAUCUUUCUACACUCAAAGUAAGUAGCAUCAACGUCGUUAGGCAAUGAACAAAAGUAUUCCAAACUUUGCAUAACCUUGAACAUCUUGACAGAAUUGAUACCUAAUUUCAAACACGUUUUGCCAUCAUUGGUAUCAGUACAAAUUAUACUCUGGUCAGCAUUAUGUUCACCAUCAAUGAUGAAAGUUUUCCACGGAUCUUUCUGGACAAACUCGGUUAUCUUAGCUUGGGCCUGUUUAGGAUCAGUGGUGUCUUGGAUAUCCUUAACUUUAAUCGACGAUGUGGGGGUGGAAAUUUGGUUCAACGUGGUAUCUAUAUCUGAAGUAGGCAUUGGUUGAUGAGAUCUCUGUUCAAUUUGUGGUGAUUGAACAAGAUCUACUUUAGCAUUACUCUUGUCUUUAUUGCCGAAUGGAAGCCAAGCCAUGGUGUGUUUUUCAAUGGAGCAAACUUAAGAAGAAAAGAAAGAUGUUUGUAUAGCAAUUUUUUUUUGUGUCCUUGAACCAGUGGCAAACAACUUCUACAAACAUAAUUUUAAGUUUUCAUUCAAUCGCAUCACCGUAGUUUCAUGUUGGUAGAAUGUCAUCCAUUCGAGGUUCAUCAGUCUGAGUUGUUUCCGAGUUACUUUCUCCCAGUCCUGGACUUUUUUCACGUCAUUUCGGAAUCUGCCCCACCAAUUAUACUGGAAAUCGUACUUUAUCACGUCAGGCUUUGUAGAAUCCAUUCGGAGGAUAGUGUUUAAUAUAUUUGCUUCCAUAUUCUCAAUAUUCGUCUUUUUUAAAUCAUCGUGAUUGUGAAUUUCGUCGAAUAUGUGAGGAUCAUCCCGAGCCACAGUCGCAUUGAAUACAAAUGCAAGUGUAUUCAACAUUCUUUCUACUAGUUCUUUCUCAUUCAAAUCUUCAGUUGUUGAAAGUAUAACAUUCCGCCUAUUGUUGAAUGAAAUAUGUGAAAAGUUUCGACGGAGAAGGGUUUGGUAUUUGUUGAUGUUAUCGUGUUGCUCAUGGUACUGAAAAUCGCAUAGUUUGUAGAAUUGUUUGUACAAGUAGAGAAGUUUCCUUUUGAAUGUCGGUAUUUGUACUAUCUGGUUUCGUACCUUGGUGAGAUCUAUUGUCGGUUUGUUUAUUAUGAGACCAGUUGUGUUUGGUCGAAACUGGAACUUUGGUUUAUACAUGGUGUUAUCGUCUGUUGUUAGAUAUGGAAAAUUUUUAGAGUCUUUUAUUUUAUUUUUUUU